AUGGGCGAGGACUUCUCUGCUGUGGGUACCCUCUCUACGGACGACUCUGAGGAGGCCCUGGUCACCCGUAGGGAGAACCCAGCUAGGCCUGGGGGCUUAGAUCCCCAGUCCAGCCCUGAGCCUGUUGUCAAAGCCUUGCUAGCUUCGGAGGGAAGACCCACCAGGAUCCGACAUGAGAAGACAGAUACUGUCCGCUGCAUCAAGUCCUGUCGGCCCAAUGAUGUCACGUGUGUGCUGGACCCCGUCCACACGAUCUCUCACACAGUGAUCUCACUGCCCACAUUCCGAGAGUUUACUCGUCCCGAAGAAAUCGUCUUCCUUCGGGCUGUCACACCCGCAUAUCCAGCCAACCACGCGGACAUCAUCUUUGACAUCACCGAAGGGAACCUCAGGGACUCCUUUGACAUCAUUAAGCGGUAUCUGGAUGGCAUGACUGUAGGUGUGGUGCGACAAGUCCGACCCAUCGUGGGUCCCUACUACGCUACGCUCAAGCUGGAGAUGAACUAUGUGGUGGGCGGGAUGGUCUCCCAUCGCAACGUUGUCAACGUCCACAUUUUUGUUUCCAAAUACUGGUUCUGAGAGGCGGCAAAGCUGUCCAGAAUCAGUCCCCACCUGUGUGUAUAAGGCCCAAUAUUUUCUUCCCUUUGUCUGCUCAUUUCUGUCCUAAGGCUGACCUGCCCAGAGCUGUGCUGGAGAUUAGGAGGAAGGGGCAAGAGAAGCCCACCUGGCAAGAGAUGGCCUGCACCCUUGUCACGUCUUCAGAAAGGACAGCCACGUGUUGGCCUUGGCCUCUGCUGGUCAAAGCCAAGGUGGGAAGAGGGGGGGACCUUUGGCGUAGAGGAAACAGAUGACCAUUGGAUCCUUUCCAGCCCCACGCACAGGCACGUUCCAACCCAAGAAACACAGCCAGAGCCUGUGUGUGCGGGCCAGCUAGAGCCCAGCUCCAGCCCCAGCAGGCCAGGCCCACGGUAGUCAAUGCCUCCUGGGGUGUUCAGAAGGGAUGAUUGAGUGCCAAAAAGGAACCCUGGUUCGAGACACCAAUCCCUGACCGCUCUGGGGUCCCUUCCUGUGUAUGUAGCCACGUUCCUGCAAUAGUGCAAUGACUGUAUUUUCUGCAUCCCUGUUGUCAUUUGUGGGAGAAAUGUGAAAUAAAGAACCCCACCAUCA